AUGCCAUCCUCUGCGGCAUCGUCACCCACACCAGGCGGCGCGCACCUCGAUGCUUGUAGUGCUGAGCCCGCAGCCGUUUCCUCCUCGUCACCUACAUCCUCCUCUAGUAGUGCGGGUUUCUCCCAGUGGUGGCAGCGUCUCUACUCUGCCCACACCUUCGCAGAGGGGCUGCGCGUGGUAUUUGAAGUGGUGCCGCUGUGGGUGCCGGUCGCCGGCGUGAUCACGACUGCAGGCACGUACUAUGUCACCUUCCGCGUGCGUCUCUUUCUCGCGCAGUGGCGUAUCGCCGAGCGUCGCCGCGCUGAGCGCAAGUACGAGCUACUUGACAAUCUGCGCGGGAUGAAAAUCGUCCCGGUUGGAGCGGUCCACGCACUCGGCGACGACGACGACGACGAUGACGACGAUGAAGACGAGGAAGAGGACGAGACGGCGGUGUCGCGGCGCGACGUGGAUGAGUUCCGCAGCAGCCUCGGUAUUCGUCUACCCCGCGAUGAGGAUUUGAUGGCUAUUGUCGAGCGCAUGCUCAUGUCAGACACGCUGCCGGAUGGGUGGGUGCUCUACCGCACGAGUGCUGGCAUCGUUCGCUUCAUGAACUUGAACACACAGGAGCUCUUCUUUUUCCCGCCUAACAAGCGCAAGGAGAAGGCCCUCAUCGAGUCCGAGCUGAAGAAGCGCAACCGUGAAGCCAUGGAGAGUAGGUACAACUUCUCGUACGAGGAUGAGGGCAUGAACUCGAGCUCCCUCUCUCCUUCUCGCUCCGACACGCAGAAUUUUGAGACGUCGCACCGCUCUGCUCGCGAGGACGGUGGAACGGCAGAAGGGAGCGCUUCUCCAAUCGAUUUCGACGACGGCGCUGGCGCAGAGGACCCGAAUGACGGCCUCAGUAGCACCUUCCGCCGCGUAUUCAGCUACUUCCUGGAGCGUGAGCAGAAGAAGAUCGAGCAAGGUGUCGCCCUGGCGCGGUCGUCGCGCGAAGGCUCGGUGCUCUGUGGCCCGUCGGCAGGCUCCUCCGGCGCUUUUUUGAGCGGUGGUGGUAGUGGCCAAGGAAGUGGCAGCGGUGCUGGGGGUGCCUCUGGCGCCGCAGGUGGCGGCCACGAUGGGGCCACUGCAUCCCACCGCACGAGCGCCUCUAUGACGUACCGUGUGGUGUCCUCGAGCUCCAUUCACGGCGGGCGUGUUGGGAACAAUUAG